UCCUUCAAAAACAGAGACCGCGUGGCCGGCCGCUUAGAGCUUUCCCCGUUGCUGCGCCUAGCCAUGAAGCUUGCGUGCCUCCUGGUUUUGGCGGUCGGCGCCGCCGCGCGCAGCAUACAGCAGUGCGGCGAAGCGAGCACCUUACGCCAGCUACACGUCAUGUUUCGUCAUGGAGACCGCACACCAACGUCGUUGUAUCCCAAUGACCCGAACUCACCCAGUGAUUUUCCAGAAGGCCUCGGUCACAUAACGCACAAAGGCAAGAACGACCAGUACAACUUGGGAAAAUAUCUCAGGACGAAGUACGAAGACUUUUUGACGUACGAUCCUAAUGAAAUGCGAGCACGGAGCUCUGGCCGAGAGCGGUGCUUGGAGAGCAUCCAGACCAACCUGUACGGCCUUUAUCCACCGCGGGACAAGAAAGUUUGGAACAGUGAAGUUGACUGGCAGCCCGUGCCGAUACAAACCAUGCCGGUUGAUUUGGAUGGCAUGCUGUAUGAAGACGCAAUCUGCCCCAGGGAUGACGAGGAGCUGGACCGAAUUCGUGAGUCACCGGAAGGCGCUGAGUUGCUGAAAAGCAAUGCGAAUUUGAUGAAUACGCUCCAGCAGCUCUCUGGCAAAAAGAUGACAGACUGGGUCAGCGUGCGGGAUUUGCUGGACACUCUGACAAUUGAGAGGAGUCGCAAUCUGAAGAUCCCGGACUGGGCGCUUCCACUUUGGGGCAACAUGACGAGAUUAGCGAAAUACACGACCAUUCUGAACUACAACAGCCCUCUGCACAACAAACUGCGAGCUGGUCUCAUGAUUAGAGAGAUCCUGCGGCACUCUGAUGCUGUCGUGAACGGAAACUCGAACGUGAAGCUGUACAUGUAUGCUGCGCACGACGUCCUGAUCGCAGCGUUCACGUCUGCAUUUGGGGUAUUCAACCAGUUGGCGGUGCCGUCGUCGACAGCGGUCAUCACCGAACUGCAUGAAGAUGCCGACGGUAACUUCUACAUCCAAAUGCUCUUUAAGAACGACACAACACGCAAGCCCUACAGGCUCGAAAUCCCCGGCUGUGAAGGCUUCCGCUGCAACCUGAAAACCUUCAAGGAAAUUGCCAAGCCGUACGUCGUCGAGGAUUGGCGCCGAGAGUGUGGCCUCGAACCCUUACCCGGUGGUGUGGACCUGUUUCCUUGAAGCUGCCCGCGCUGGUAGCGCGCCCGUAUGUCAGGAGCACGGCACUAUCGAAUUACAUUAAAGCGGCUACCACGCUGCUGAUGCCAUAAAGCCUUUACGAAGGCUGUUUCUCUUCACAGAAGAGCGCUAUACAUGUAUAUUUCGGCGCCUUUUGGCCCACCUUCAGAAUGAAAUUUUUUAAUAUAUACGA